AUGAAGCCGCUCGCUGUGGUGACCGGUUGUUUGUUGGCCUUGGCAUUCGCCAAAGCCGGUUCCUAUCAUGAGUUCGAGGUGUACAAUGUACGGCCGGAAACGCACGCACAGCUGACGGUGCUGCUGCAGUGGCGAAACGCCGAGAUGGAUGUGGACUUUUGGGACACGCCAAAGGUGGGUCGUAAUGCGCGCGUUAUGGUCACCAGGCAAGACCACAAACGGGUGGAAGAGUUCCUGGAACGGCACGACAUCGAGUACGAUCUGGUGGCGGAGGAUGUGCAGGAGUUGUUGAAUCGUGAACAGCGUCGCAAUGUGGAGCACUACCGGCGCUUGAAGCGUGACUCGAACUCCCGUGCUACGGUAAACUUUGAGCAUUUCUGGACGCUGGACGAGAUCUACGACUAUCUGGACGAGCUGGCGGUUGCAUACGAUGGGCUGGUGCGCGUAUCGGAGAUCGGAAGGACUUACGAAGAUCGUCCCAUCAAGGCCAUCACUAUCUCGACGCGGGGUGCUAUCGAUCAAACACGUCCCAUUGUGUUUAUGGAUGGAGGUAUUCAUGCCAGAGAAUGGGCCGGUGUUAUGUCGGUAAUGUACAUGAUCCACGAGUAUGUGGAACAUUCGGAAGAGUACGCAAAUCAGCUAUCAAACGCGGACUAUGUCAUCGUGCCGGUGGCCAACCCGGACGGGUACGUGUAUACGCACGAGCAGAACAGACUGUGGCGCAAGAACCGCUCGCAAGCGAAUGUGCUCUGCUACGGUGUGGAUCUGAACCGCAACUUCCCGUUCAUGUGGGAUCGCACCACGACCGAAUGUACCAACAAUUUCGCCGGCCACACGGCGUCGUCCGAAAACGAAACCAAAGCCAUUAUCGCACUGAUGGACCAGUACAAGGCGGCGAUCCGAAUGUACCUGGCCGUCCACACGUACGGUGAGAUGAUUCUGUGGCCGUGGGGCUACGACUUUCUGCAUGCACCGAACGCGGCCGAACUGCAGCGUUUGGGCGAGCAGGCGCGCGAUGCACUGGUGGCGGCAGGUGGCCCAGAGUACGAGGUCGGCAAUUCGGCGGACAUUCUCUACACGGCAACCGGUGCUACGGACGAUUACGCGUACAAUCUGGGCGUACCGUUCGCGUACACGAUCGAGCUCACUGGAGGUGGUUCGCAGGGAUUCGAUCUGCCCGCGACCGAUCUAGCACGCGUCACCUCGCAAACGUUCGAGCUGCUGAAGGUGUUCGGACAGCAUGCCGGCACACUGUCGGUGACGACGUAA